GAUCCGGACUCGAACCCUGAACCCUGAUCCAGACCCGGUCCUGAUCCUGAUCCAGAUCCAGCCAUGAGGACUAACGCGUGGCUCUGCAGGGCUCUGCUCUGUCUGCUGGCCAUCCUGGUGGACGCAGGUUGCUGUAAAAAAUCCCGUCAGUUUUUACAGAAGUAUGAGAAGACAGAGAGUCAGGUGCUGGUCUGCGCCGACUGCCCUCCUCCGCUGGUGCGCAGCAACAGCUCGCUGGAACAGUGCGCCCGGAAAUGCAAGAAGGUCAAGAGGAACUUCCACUGCAGAGCUUUCAACUUUCAAAGGCACAACAGGAAAUGCCACUUGCUUCCCUUUGACCGAUUCACCUUCGGCGUGCAGAAGCAGGCCAACGUCAACUUUACUCUGUACGAAAAAAAAGAUUACAUAAGGGAGUGCAUCACCGGCACCAAGGACAACUACAGAGGGAGGAGGUCUUGGACCAAGUCAAACAUCACUUGCCAAGCCUGGUCUGAUAAUAACAUCAAUGAGCACACGUUUUAUCCGGACAGAUACCCGGCGCAGGACCUGAGGGAGAACUUCUGCAGGAAUCCCAACAACGACCCCGGUGGUCCGUGGUGCUACACCACCGACCCCAACGUCCGGGCCGAGGAGUGCGGCGUCCCGCAGUGCUCCGCCGAAGUGUGUGUGAGGUGCAAUGGAGAGGAUUACCGGGGCCAGAUGGACCAUACGCAGAGCGGGAAGGAGUGCCAGAGAUGGGACUCUGCCAGGCCUCACAAACACAGCUUUCAGCCCAAAAAGUAUCGGGAUAAAGACCUGAAGGACAACUACUGCCGGAACCCGGACAGCCGGCUCCGGCCCUGGUGCUUCACCAUGGACCCCAGAACCCCGUGGGAAUACUGCGACAUCCCCGCCUGCGCGCCCAGCGAGGACACUGAUGUGAAUGUAACAACGUCCUGUGUCCAGGGAGAGGGCACGGGCUACCGGGGCACCAUGAACGUCACUCCGGAGGGGGUGACGUGCCAGCGCUGGGACUCCCAGUACCCGCACAACCACUCCUUCCUCCCGCACAACUUCAAAUGCAAGGACCUCCGGGAGAACUACUGCCGUAAUCCCGACGGCGCGGAUUACCCAUGGUGCUUCACCACCAACCCCAACCAGAGGAUCGCCAAGUGCACACACAUCCCCAGAUGUGAUGCAGAGGCCGCGCGAAAAAUAGAGUGCUACGAAGACGACGGAGAGAUGUACCGGGGAACGCUGUCCAUAACCAGGUCCGGGAUUCCCUGCGCGGACUGGUCGCACCACAUCAACAGCGAGGAUUCUCACUCUACGGUGUCACACGUAGGGCUGGAGAACAACUACUGCCGGAACCCGGACCGGGACAAGCACGGCCCCUGGUGCUUCACCAGCCCCAACAACCGGCUGGCCUGGGACUACUGCAAGCUGCGGACGUGUGAAUCAGCGACGACGGCCCCCCAGCCCAUCGCUCUAACCAGAGCAAAGAUCUCAUGCUUUGUGCACAUAAACACCAGAAUAGUUGGAGGCCAUCAAGUGCGAGGCACGGACGGCAGCUGGGUCGUGAGCAUCCAGAGGGAGAAGGUUCAUUUGUGCGGAGGCUCGCUGAUCAGAGAGGACUGGGUUCUGACGGACCAGCAGUGCUUCACGUCCUGCGUCCCGGACCUCAGGGAGUACAGCGUGCAGGUCGGCCUGCGUCUCCUCAACGAGUCGUCCAAACACCCGCGGCUGCGCAUCUCCCGCCUGAUCUGCGGCCCCGAGGGAUCCAACCUGGUCAUGCUGAAGCUGGAGGACCCCGCCCCCGUCUCGGAGGGCGCGUCCACCAUCCACCUCCCGGUGAGAGAGUGCCACAUCGCCGAGGGAACCAACUGCACCAUGUAUGGAUGGGGUGAAACUAAAAACACGGGACACGAGGAAGCACUCAACUCCGUAACCAUGGCGAUGGCUGACAAUGACCUGUGCUCACAAAUCAAGGGGGAUUCCGGCGGCGAGAGCAGGAUAUGUGCCGGCGGCAAGAUUGGAGAAGGCGUGUGUGACAGGGACUACGGGGGCCCGCUGGUCUGCCAGGAACACGAGCGGAGGGUCAUCGUCGGCGUCAGCAUCCAACGGACCAAAUGUGCCUCGUCGCAGCCCGCGCUCUUCGUCAACGUGGCCUUCUACUCGGAGUGGAUCUACAAGGUAUUCAGGCUUUACCCGAGUCCGGAGAGGAACUAGCGGUUUCACGCGAGACCAGAACCCGCCCGGUGGAUUGUACCGCGGCCCGCGAGGCAACGGAGGGGAAGGUGCGACCAGGAACACGUCUCCGCGGAGAGGAAGGAGAACGCUCGCCUCUCGGAGACGGGCCACUCUGGUACUCUGAGAGGAGGAACUGACGACUGGAAGUGAGCGCCACACGAGGAGAUCCUGGAUGGGAGAAUCGGCCGAAGUCUCAGGCACAUGGACCGUGCACUAAUUUGUGUUUUGAUAUGUUCGGAACUUCUGAAGCCAUGUAGACGAAGACGCUUGUGACUCAGAAUUAUCACCUGGAAGUACUUGAACCCAGUUCCACUGGGAUUUCCUUCCUUCUUUUAUUUUUAUAUGUUGAGCUGGACUUCAAAUCACCUUUUUACUCCGGACAGGAGUGA